AUGGGUUCCGUCACCGUCCCUACCACUAGCAGCAGCUAUGCUCUGUCCGAAGAACACAAGAACAUGCUCGAGAAGUCCCUCAUCGAGUCCGACCCCGAAGUCGCAGAGAUAAUGAAAAAAGAAAUCAAACGUCAACGCGAGUCCAUCAUCCUGAUCGCUUCCGAGAACGUGACGUCCCGCGCGGUCUUCGACGCCCUGGGCUCGCCCAUGUCCAACAAAUACUCCGAGGGCUACCCGGGCGCCCGCUACUACGGCGGGAACCAGCACAUCGAUGCCGUCGAGCUGUUGUGCCAGGCCAGAGCAUUGAAGGCAUUCCGCCUCGAUCCUGAGCAGUGGGGCGUCAAUGUUCAGUGUUUGAGCGGUUCGCCUGCGAAUCUGCAGGUCUACCAGGCUAUCAUGAGGCCGCAUGAUCGGUUGAUGGGUUUGGACUUGCCACAUGGUGGACAUUUGAGCCAUGGUUAUCAGACACCACAGAAGAAGAUCUCAGCGGUAUCUACCUAUUUCGAGACCUUCCCCUACCGAGUCAACCUUGAGACCGGCAUAAUCGACUAUGACCGACUUGAGGAGAACGCUCUCAUGUACCGACCCAAGACCCUGGUGGCCGGAACCUCCGCAUACUGCCGUUUGAUCGACUACAAGCGCAUGCGAGAGAUCGCAGACAAGGUCGGAGCAUAUCUGGUUGUGGAUAUGGCACACAUUUCCGGCUUGAUUGCCGCCGGUGUCAUCCCCUCUCCCUUUGAAUAUGCCGAUGUUGUCACAACCACCACCCACAAAUCUCUGCGUGGACCUCGAGGAGCCAUGAUUUUCUUCCGCAAGGGUGUCCGAAGCACCGAUGCUAAGACCGGCAAGCAGGUCCUAUACGAUCUUGAAGGACCCAUCAACUUCUCCGUCUUCCCUGGCCAUCAAGGUGGCCCCCACAACCACACCAUCACUGCUUUGACAGUGGCACUGAAGCAGGCCUCUUCCCCAGAGUUCCGCCAAUACCAAGAACAAGUCAUCAAGAAUGCAAAGGCCCUGGAAGUCGAAUUCAAGGAGCUCGGCUACAAGCUGGUCUCUGACGGAACCGAUUCACACAUGGUGCUCCUCGACCUCCGCCCGCAAGCCGUCGACGGUGCCCGCCUCGAGACCGUGCUCGAGCAGAUCAACAUCGCAUGCAACAAGAACAGCAUCCCCGGUGACAAGUCGGCAUUGACACCAUUCGGCAUCCGGAUCGGUGCGCCCGCCAUGUCAUCGCGUGGGCUCGGCGAGGAGGACUUCAAGCGCAUUGCCCGCUACAUCGACACCAGCAUUAAGCUCUGCAAGAAGAUCCAGGGUGACCUGCCCAAGGAAGCCAACAAGCUCAAGGACUUCAAGGCCAAGGCCUCUGACGACUCGGUCCCCGAGAUCCUCAAGCUCAGACAAGAGAUCUCCGAGUGGGCUUCCAGCUUCCCUCUCCCCGUCUAG